AUGGCAGAGAACACAGAUGUUCUCAUUAUUGGUGCUGGCAUAUCGGGCGUUGGAUUCGCUAUACAGCUGGUCCGGCAGUUCGGUACCAGAAAUUUCAAGAUCAUUGAGAAGUCCGAAAACAUCGGCGGAACAUGGUGGAUUAACUCGUAUCCUGGAUGUGGAUGCGACGUUCCGUCACACUUCUUCUCUUAUUCGUUUGCACUGAAGCCGGACUGGUCUCGCAAAUAUGCCCUUCGAUCCGAAAUACAUCAGUAUUUCACAAGUGUAGCAGCCCAAUACGAUAUUCACCGACAUGUUCGGCUAGCAUCUCUUGUGGAGAAGGCUUCUUGGGAUGGGGUAUCCGGAACGUGGAACAUCACGGUUCGAGACUUUCGAACAUCCGAAGUCACGGAAUAUCGCAGCAAGAUUCUGAUAUCUGCGGUCGGGGCACUGUCUGUCCCCAGAAAAUGUACCAUUCCAGGUGCUUCAAGCUUUCGUGGGGAGAUCUUCCACACGGCACAGUGGGAUCACACCUUCAACUGGAAGGACAAGGAGCUUAUUGUUGUCGGAAAUGGAUGCUCUGCGACACAAAUAAUCCCAGAGAUUAGCUCAGGUCCAGGAGCAGCAAAAAUGGUGACACAAUUCUGCCGGCAGGCACAUUGGCUGGCUGAACGCCCAAACCCGGAAUAUUCUGCCUUGUUCAAGUGGACGAUGAAAUGGGUUCCUCUGGCGAUGCGAAUCUACAGAGCGAAGCUUUACUGGAACCAGGAACGAGACUUUGUGGGAUUUGACAUCGAAACAGGUGCUGAGAUCCGUAGAGGCUGGGCGGAAGAUGCCGCCGAUUACAUUCGUGCGAAUGCACCUGCGCACUAUCGAGACUUUCUCGUGCCCAAAACGGAGAUUGGAUGUAAACGACGUGUCAACGAUACUGGCUAUCUGGCCAGCCUACACCAAAACAACGUCAAGCUCAUAUAUGACGACCCGGUGGAGGAGAUUGUACCGAGUGGCGUCCGAACAAAGGCUGGAAGGACUGUCCAUGCCGAUGCAAUUGUUCUUGCUCAUGGCUUCGAGACGCAAAAGCCGUUCGGAUCUUUCCAAGUCCUUGGUGAAGGAGGCGUCAGCAUCCAAGACCAUUGGAAUCAACUCAGCGAAGGAGUCCCUUCGGCCUAUCUCGGAACUUGCCUUUCAGGAUUCCCAAAUUUCUUCAUCAUGAUGGGCCCCAACACUCUCAGUGGCCAUCUCUCCGUCAUUUACACUACAGAAUGCCAGAUCAACUUUACACUGCGAAUCAUCAGGCCUAUCCUAAAUGCAAUGGGCACGGGAACCUCGGCGCUGGCAACUGGUAGACCUACCUGCGAUAUCGUUUCAGUCGAGCCUUCAGCCGAGAAAAGAGAUAUUGAAACAGUUCAACAAAAGGCUGGAAAGCUGGUCUGGGCAUCCGGGUGUACGUCUUGGUUCAUUGACGAGAACACCAAGAGAAACACUAUCAUGUUCCCAGAUUGGCAGUACAAGUUCUGGUUGAGAAGCGUCUUCAUUUCUUGGGACGAUUUUACAGCUAGAGACUUUGUCAUGCCACUGGUUAAGCUGGCAUCAUAG